ACCAAAAUAGCUAGAAAAUAACAAGCAAACAAAUCAAAUCAAAUUAACAAAGACAAAGACGAGGAUGCAUUAUUCAGACAAUCAUAUUAUAUAUACAUAUGUUAUCUUUAAGAAUAACUCCAACUUGAAGUCCCAUCACUUCCACUGCUCAACUCUUUGGUUUCCUCACAAGGUGAAGAUGAGCAGGUGGGAUGGGUACAAGCCUGCAAUGGCUAUGAUUGGGUUGCAAUGCAUCUAUGCAGGGCUUGCUCUUUUCACUAGAGCUGCUCUUUUACAAGGAAUGAGCCCCAGGGUUUUCGUGGUCUACAGGCAAGCUCUAGGCACCAUUACCAUGACUCCAGUAGCUUGUUACUCUAGAUGGAGAGAUCCACGUAGAAGACCAUUUGGAUUGAGGAGCUUUUAUCUGAUAUUUGUGAGCUCUCUUAUUGGAGUAACAGGCAACCAAAAUGCCUAUUUUGAAGGCUUAUUCUUAUCCUCUUCAACAAUAGCCACUGCAAUGACUAAUCUGAUGCCUGCAAUCACAUUUGUAAUGGCAGCCACAGCAGGAAUGGAGAAAGUUAAUCCAAGAAGCUUCAGUAGUAUUGCCAAGAUAAUAGGGACAGUGUUAUGUGUUGGUGGAGCCGUUUCCAUGGCACUACUUAAAGGACCAAAGUUAUUAAAUACACAGUUUCUACCAUCAGAUUCUCUGUUUGGCAAUGGAGGUGAGAAUUUGCAGCUGGGUUGUCUGUUUCUUUUUGGUAGCAGCUGUUUCUGGUCCUUUUGGAUUAUUAUGCAGGUAGAAAUUUCAGAAAGCUGUCCUGACCACUUUUACUCAUCGAUUUGGAUAUGUUUUCUGUCAUCCUUUCAAUCAGCAAUAUUUGCAGUGUUCAUAGACCAUGACUUUGAAGCAUGGCAACUGAAUUCAGUCCUUGAAAUUGGGAGUUGUAUCUAUGCAGGACUCGCUACCGCGGUGACAUUUUAUGUUCAAGCAUGGUGCAUAUCGAAAAGAGGUCCGCUCUUCUGUGCAAUGUUCAACCCUCUUUGCACUGUCAUUACAACCAUUAUAGCUGCUUGUUUUCUACAUGAGAAUUUAUAUGUUGAAAGCUUAGUAGGAGCUUUUGCUGUGAUAGUUGGUUUAUAUGUUGUGCUAUGGGGUAAAGCAAAAGACCUCGAAGAUAGCAAACGUGACACAAAUCCAACGCUGCCAUGUCAAGAAGAGAUAAAAAAUAUACAUGUCUUGGUUGAUGAAUCUUCAGACAAAACAAAUGGUAAAAUUGAUUUGGAAGAACGACUUUUGGCUCAUCAAUCAAAUCAAACAACUCUUGCAGAUUGAUGAAUAAUAAGUGGAAAUUUGUUCCCAAUUACUUGCACAAUAAUGAAGAAGUGAAUAGGAUCAAAACCAACUAAA